AUGGGCUACACAACGGUAUGGAGACGCCUGUCUCCCGCUCAACUCAAUGUGGCCAUUCAGGCUUUCUCCCUGCUUUGCAUAUUCUUCGAGGGAUAUGACCAAGGUGUGAUGGGAGGAGUCAACAGCUCGCCGAGAUACGUCGUGGAGGUUGGCAUUGGCAAACCUGACGGCACCGUCACCGACACUACCCAUCAGGGUGGCAUUGUCAGCGUCUACUAUCUCGGAUGUAUCUUUGGCUGCUUUGCGGGAGGUUGGCUGGCCGACCGCAUUGGACGUAUCAACGGUCUUUUCAUUGGCUCUAUAUUUGCGCUCAUUGGAGGUGCUCUGCAGGCUGCCAUUCAAAGCUCCGAUUUCAUGUUGGUCGCUAGAGUCGUGACCGGUGUUGGUACUGGAGCAUUGACUGGUAUCACGCCGGUGUUUGUGUCAGAGACUUCUUCGGCUGAGCAUCGCGGUGGCUUCUUGGGAUACGUCUUCAUUGCAAACUAUCUCGGUAUUUCUGUGGCCUACUGGAUGUCCUUCGGCCUUGCCUUUAUCAACAAUGGCUAUUCUGAUAUCCGCUGGCGCUUUUUGCUUGCCUUCCAAUGCAUUCCUGCCCUGCUGCUGGUGAUUUUCAUCAAGAUGCUACCGGAUAGCCCACGUUUUCUUGCAUCGGUUGGCCGUAACGAGGAGGCUCUGGAUCUGCUCACCAGGAUCCGAGCCCAUAAGGCGACUCCGUUGGAGAUUAAUCGCGAGUACUCGGAGAUUGUUGCUGCUGCUAAAGACAGCCAGCCCAGUUCUCCUCUUCAAUUCGUCAAGAUCUUGGUUGGCAAGGGCGGCAAACCUGGCAGCAAUCUGGGCCGACGUGCUUGGCUUUGCGUGUGGCUUCAGAUCAUGGCCUCCUGGACUGGUAUUACGGCUGUCACGGCAUACUCUCCUGUCCUUCUCAGUCAAGCUGGUUAUAGUACGGUUACCCAAAACGGUCUUGCUGGAGGACUGAACACAAUCGGUAUUCUGGGUACCCUCAUCAGUACGCAGAUCGUAGAUCGACUUGGUAGGAGGAUGUGUCUGAUGCUAGGCUCCGCGGUUCUGUUCGCCGUUGAACUAGUGGCGGGCGGCGUCUAUGAAGGCUCCCUUCAACACCCCGAGAAGGCCGCGCAGUUUGCACCAGCUGCCGUGGCUAUGCUCUUCCUCUUUAACUUGGGAUACGCUGCGACUUGGGGAACGGUAGCCUUCCUUAUCCCGACAGAGAUCUUCCCAUCGGAUCUGCGGGCCCAAGGAAACGGUUUUGGCGUCACUGGAUGGGCUAUCGGAGUGGGUAUGACCACACUCGUCAACCCCGUCAUGUUUGGAAGUCUGAAAAGCCGCAGCUACUUCCUGCUGGCUGGCUUGAACCUUCUUUGGAUCCCUAUUGUGUAUCUGUUCUACCCGGAAACUCGCAACCGGUCAUUGGAAUCCAUUGACCUGUUGUUCUCCACCCCAGAGCCAUUCUAUUGGAACAUGGAGCGGGCUUAUCGCAUGCAUAUAGAUGCGCUUGGAGACGGAGAGACUGGGAAGGCCACCGACGAGGGCAGCAACAAACUCGCUGCAGACCAAGAAAUCACCCACCAAGAAUUCUGUGAGACAGUUGUGUGA